AUGGCUCCGUCUCUGAGAGACCACUCUUCUUUUGUCCGCCCGUCCACGCGCGACCGCCCAUCGACUCGCGACCAAGGGGAAAAUUCGCUGGUCGUUCCUAGUCGCACCUCCUCGCUACACUCUCGCAUCACACAGCCGAUUCCCUCGCAAGUCAACCUAAAACCGACGCAACGGACACCGAAGACACUCACUCAUGCGUAUAUGGUAUGUGGUGUGGGCCGGGAGCCGUCCCAAUGGGUAAAGGCACCUGGGCCAUCACAGGGCAAGAUCGGUCAUAUGAAGGGUGCGGUGGGACAAUUUUGGUUGCCGGAAAUCUUGGGAAGCAGUCCUCGCUUGGAGCAGGACAAUGAGAUUGCAAAGGCGUUGCAUUCAGCAAUGAGGGCAUGCUUCCCGCACGAUGUUGAAAUCUGCACAGGCAAGACACAGCCGCACUGUGUGCACCAUGCCUUCGUACUCCAGCAAGAUUCGUCACAUACCCUCUACGGCAUUGCGUUAAGAGUCUGGUCUCGAGCAGAUGAGAAGCGUGCCGAGACCAUCCGCGAAUUGCGCAAGAAGACCGAGUCCGAUUUCUACGAUAACCCCGAGGAGACCUACUGGAUUCCCUACUGCUUGAGCUUCCUGUCCCGUUAUCCAUUGUACGACCUGCUCGGAGAUUAUCUCCGUGGCAUGUGGAUCCACUGGAACAAGGCUACUAAUCUGUUCCACGCUGAGGAGGUUUCCCGCAUUCUCAGCUUCCCGGCGCCCCGCCUCAAUGACCUCGUCCGAAUCGACAUGAAGGAUUAUGCGCUCUGCUACCAGUUCCCCUCGUCGCCGACCGGAUUCCAAAACUUUGCCAUGUGGCCGCUAUUUACCUGCUUGUCGAUUCCCAACAUUGUCGGCGUCGUUGAGGCCGCUGUUUCGCCCACGCGACGCAUCAUUUUUGUCAGUCAUUACCCGGCUAUGCUCACCAUUGCUGCAGAGACCAUCCGUUACUGCGUCCGUAUUUACGAAUGGAGUGGUCUGUACGUGCCGGUGGUGCAUGCACGGCACAUCAAGGAUCUUGUUCAGGAGCCUGGGCCAUAUAUUCUCGGUGUGACAGCCGAGUGCCGAACACUGUUCAACGCGCCAUCCGACGCUCUCGUUGUCGAUUUGGACCGGAAUUUCGUACUCACCUCGAGCCCACCCAACAUCUUGAACCCCGGCCAGCGAACGAAGUUUAUCAACCGCUUGACACAGGCAUUGAACGGUGAUGUGUCGCCCUCCGGCGUUCCUAACCACCUUCGCUCUGCUUACGCCGGCGGUAAGCUCAUCCCCGCUGGACAGAUUAUCGUCAUGCGUGGUGAGGUCGAAAGCAUCGAGGAGCCCAACUGGUGGAACCAGGAUGCCGUCAUGGGCGUCAUGGACCACGUUUGCGAGAAAUUGGGACGCAACACCGGUAUGAAGGCCAUUUUCGGCGGCUCAGUGAAGAAGCCUCUUAUGACCAAGGUGUCGAUGCGUCAUCUCAAUGAGAUUGUCCGUGAGCGUAACCAGUACUCAAGAGACGCCAUGGAGGCCUGGCAGGACUUUAUUAACCUGAAGGGCCGCAUGGACACCGAGCUUAGCAAAGUCACCAAGCGUAACAACUUCUUGGUGGAGGAACUCGAGACCUGGAAACAGCAGUUCCUCAAGUUCCAGGCCUUUGCUGAGCAACUCACCAAGGAGACUAGUGAACUCAAGGUCAAGAUUGAGAACCACAAGCGCGAGAACCGUCGCCUCAGCGGUCUCAUUGACCAACAGAAGGACGAUGUCGCUCGCCUUACUCUCCGUCUGUCUGGCACCGAGAAGCAGCGCGAUGAUGCUCUCGAGGCUCUGGUUCUCCAGCAGGAGAUCGCUGAAGAGCUUGAGCGCGAGCGUAAGCGCAACCAGAAGGAACUUUCUGCGCUGCAGCACACCACUGCUUCUCUCACCCGCCAGCGCGACGAUGCCCAGCGGGUUGUGUUGCAUUUACGUAGCCUGAUCAACGGUCAGAGCCACCACAUGGAGCACAUUGUCCGCUCCAUUAGCAGCUCAGCUGAGCUAAGCGACUUGGCUGAACAAGAGGCUGCCGAGGAGGAUAUGGCUGAGGAGAGUGCGGAAGUUGCAAAGCAAACAAAGGAAUCGAAGGCGGAUCGCGAAUCCUCAAACGGACAACGCCGUCUUGCCCGUCUCAGCAUAACUGAUGUGGCCGACCGCUACCUGCGGGACAAGACUGAUGCCAUCUCGGAUAUUAUCCGGAGCAUCAGCGAGCAGUGUGCUGCUGCGGUAGAGGGUCUGCAGCUUGCCCAAGACGCAGAGGAUGGCGAGUCUGAGAAUGGAAAAGCCAGCCACGACGCCCACCUGGGUGACAAUCGCGGGGGGCUCUCGACUCCCCGUGCGGGAAGUGAGAUGGGUGACAGUGAGAAUGGCACCCUUCACCCCGACCACCGGGGCUCAAGCGUUCCUCCCACUCCCGACCUGGUCCACAACCGGUCAAGCACAUCGAUGUCGAUGGUGAGCAGCUCAACGUUCCCAGAGCGGUCCAGCCAGCAGUAUGGACCGGGUGAGAUCCCCACCCGCAUCGUCGAGGAUGACGAUGAGCAUGCUCACGAGACGGAUGGUCUUGACGACCAGACCGUGACUGGCACUCUCUCCAAGCAGGCUAGCGAGGACUUUAUGCGAUCGACUCCUCGACUGGUUUCGUGA